AUGAGGAACAAUGACAGAAGGCACUGGACGAAGAGUCUCAGAAACAGCAGAGUUUUUCUCUUUAGAACAACUUUAGCUGUAGUUGAUGGCCUUGGACCGUUGCAAUUUCUGAGAGAUGGCACAACUUUGGUUUCAAGUGAAGGAACUUUUGAACUGGGAUUCUUUACCCCAAGCAAUUCAAACAACCGUUAUCUAGGAAUUUGGUAUCGAAACAUCUCCGGUCCAACUGUGGUUUGGGUUGCAAACCGGUGUAAACCGAUCAACGAUUCCUCUGGAUCGUUGACAAUAAACAACACCGGAAAUAUUGAGCUUUUGGGACAGAAUAAGAGUGUUGUUUGGUCUACAAGCUCGUUGAAACAAGCCCGGAAACCAUUGGUUCAACUCUUGGAUAAUGGUAACUUUGUUCUGAAAGAUGAGAAAGAUGAGAAUAAAGAGAACUAUUUGUGGCAAAGCUUUGAUUGUGAUACAUUCUUGUCUGGAAUGAAAUUUGGAUGGGACUUGAAGAGAGGUCUUACUAGGCGUGGUUGUCCUGAGUUGAGACCAAACCCUCUUUACGAUUACAAGUUUGUUUACAGUGAUGAUGAAGUUUACUACUCAUACAUCCUCAAGAAAAAGUCUGUGAUCACAAGAGUUGUCAUCAACCGAACGGCAAGUGCUCAUCAACGUUUGAUAUGGAUUGAAAUUGAUAAAAUUUGGAAGCCUUACUUUUCAGGCCCUAGAGACCAGUGUGACAACUAUGGACAAUGUGGGGCAAAUGCAGAGUGUAUAAUGACAAAGAAUCCAAUAUGUCGAUGUUUAAAAGGUUAUAAGCCUACGUCUCUACAGGAUUGGAAUUCAAUGGACUGGUAUGAAGGGUGUGUAAGAAGUAGUCCGCUGAGCUGCCAUGAUCAAGGGAAAGAUGGCUUUUUGAAAUUUUCUGGUUGGAAAUUACUGGAUGCUCAACAUACAUGGGUGAAUAAGAGUAUGAAUCUACGGGAAUGUAGGGCUAAAUUUCUGAGCAAUUGUUCCUGUACGGCUUAUACAAACUCAGAUAUCAGAGGUGAAGGCAGUGGCUGCGUCGUCUGGUUUGGAGAUCUUUAUGAUAUUCGACAAUUUCCUUCUAGCAGACAAGAUAUAUUUGUUCGACUGUCAGCUUUAGAAAUGGGUACAGAUUACAGGUUGAAAAUUUUAGUUCCAUAUCAAGCCCUGGAUACACUUGGAAAUACCAAAUGGAGGGUGAACAAAAGGGAGAUUAGUGUGAUAGAUAGAAUUUGGUCUAGUGGAGGUUCUCUUGGUGGGUUGGUUAGCCGUGAUGAUGUUCCUUUGCCAGAAGAACCUAACACUGAAGAUGAAUCUGAAAUCCACAAAUGGAAAUGA